AUGGCUGUCCCGCUGCCCGUACAACUCCAGCAAGGAGAGCUCGGCUACCGCAACGACAGUGGCGAGGCAAGUCGCAGCGGCAGCGACAGUGUGGCAUGGAGCCGUGACACCAGUGACGACCCUCAGAGUGGCGCCGUCCGUGGACUCGGCCGCGUGGCCCCCGUCCUUCGCCGACGCGUUCUCGAAGAAGCUCCUGCCGAAAAGAACUUCACAAAAAAAUCCACGAUGAAGCGCGCGGGCGCCGCUCGGGGUGCCGCGGCCGCUCAGGUCGCCGCGAAGUCGGAGGUCUUCUCCCACAUGGACGCCGUGCGCACCUGCAGAGAAUCAUCCUUCUUUUUCCCGAAGAACGGCCAGCAGGCGAAACUUGGCCUCAACGGCCGGGGCACCGUCACACAGGUCUGCACAUUCGAGGGCUCUCUGGAGGACUAUCUCCAGCUCCGCUCGACGGACGGGAGCAGCUCCGGCGAAGGCUUGUCUUCGUCCGCAUCCGAACGCGGCUGCUCAGAUGACAAAGCCAUCAGCGCGGCAAGCUCUGUGGACGGCGCGACGCCCGCCAGAAACGUCUCUGAGGCGUCUCGACAGUCUUCGCAGCCCGCUGCUGCAGAGGGUGGCGACCUCGAUGCUGCAUCUGCCGGCUGCCUGGAGGAUGGUGAACGCCAACCCUCGGCGCAAAGCAGCACUGGAGCCGCCGCAUCUACCCGAGAGCGAAGCGACGCUUCUCAGGGGUCUUUGCCGGAGGUCGCUGACGAAUCUGCUGCCGGAAGCGAGGAGACUGCACCGGCGGAGGAGCCCAGGGAAGACGCGGCUAAGCCGAAAACUGGACGCCUUAUCGAGCUCGAGAUGAAGGACGGCUGCGUUGUCUGGCCUACAGAUCGCCCCGUCAUUCCGCUGCCUUUGUGGCAGCUGACAAGCUUCUCGCAUGAACCCCUGACAGCUGAACAGUGGGCUCAGCUUCCAACUGUCGGCACCGCAGGCCCAUACUCCCAGCUGCUCGAAGCUCCGCUUGCUGCCCUCUCGCCGGCGGAAAUUCGCCAUGCAUACGUGCCAGGUCUCCUGAGCAGACUUCGAGGAAUGUCGAGCACGCCGAUGCCUCAGCCGGUCGCGCUUCCCCCACUCAAGCUACCAGUUGGCUGCGAGGCGCCCCCCCUCUCUGUCCAAAUCGGCACCGUUCAGUCGAUUCCAAGCGCGGCGGAGAAAUCUGGUCAAUCGACCCGCCAGAUCUCCGGUGCUGCCAACCAGCCAAGGAGGAGCAACAGCUUCUCGUCGGGCCCCGUGUUUCCUUCUCUGAACAACCAAGCCACCGGCGGCUCUCGCGGCGUGAUGUACGCCAACUUCUCGAACAAACACUUCAUCCAGCACGUCCCCACCGGCGCCGAAGGCGAGGUCCUGAGGACGGAAGACGAUGGAGCUUCCCUGAUCGUCAGGAUCAAGAACGGACGCGUCAAGAAGUUCGCGCGCUCGGACUGCCGCGUGACCAAGGCCGUGUGCACGCCGACCAAGGCUCCCUCUGAGCGCCAACUUACAGCUGCAGCGCACCACCACGCUCUGGCGAUGUUGAUUAGCCGCGCCAACCGCGCUCAACAGGAAGCCGCUGCUCUGCCGCUGGGCUUGCAGAAGAACAACGCUAGCCUCGGCGCAAAGCCCGAGCAGCAAAACGCAACAGUCAGCAACACGACUCAACUGCUGCCGCCCUGCCUCGGCCCCAGAUCCAAGUCGCUCCUCAGCCUGUUCUCCUUUGGCAAGACGGAUGUCGCUGAGGCUCCCACGAUUGCUGCGCAGAGCCAAGGGAAAAAUUUGUCGAUCAACCCCGCUUUGCGAGGCGCAGACCAAAUCCCCAAAAUCGACGACUUGGUGAAGAUUGCCCAGGAGCACGCGAUUAACACCGCGACGAACACUCUCUGCAUUGCUGGGCCCACGUCGGAGCCUAGCAUCCGAGAGAUUGGCAGCCACGUGGCAGUCGAGGCCGUGCGCACCAAGAAGUACGUCCUCGACGAUGGCGAAGAAGGUUCUAUGGUGCCUGUCUUCUCCAGCGAGAGCCAGGCACUCCAGGCUCGAGAAGCGGAGGAAGCGAGAAGGCGCCAGCAGCAGCAGGCCGCCUUGCCCUUGGAUCCGACUCAAAUCUUGCUGGAGCGGCACCGCGAGCUGGAAGAGCUGAAGCGACAGCAACUGAAUGCUCAGGAGGACGAGAUUAUCUACGCGCAAGACGCACCUGACGCGACGCGAGCUCCGGGUAUCGUUUCCCCCACUGUCAUCAAGGAGACGCUGGUUGUUCCUCCGAAGGACAGCGACAACACGCGCCACCUUGUGCGCGCGCCUGGCAUCGUUCACCCACUUGUCGAAGACGCACCGGAUCUCGAGAUCAUUCGUCCCGCUGCCAGCCAGGCACCGGGCUCUCAGAUGCCUAGCAACUCCUACGCGGCCGAGGAAACCGCUGGUGGUGUCGAGUGGUACGCGGGCCUCCAACAGCAGAUGCGGGCUCAGCUGAUGCAGCACUACGCGCAGACUGGCGAUCUCCAAGCUGCGACUGCGGCACUGACUGGCGCUGGCAUCCCUCUGCCGGCAAGUUGCGUCCCGUUCCCCUUCAACAUGGGAGCGCCCAAUGUCCAAAGACGCCAGGCUAAGGUGCUCAGGGACGAAGCUGAUCAGAUCCAGUUCGCCCCCAUUGCCUGA